UAGGAUGCUACACCAGCCACAGUAAUGCCCUUUUCCCCUUCACAACAGGCAUCAGUGCCAAAGCUAGCCUUCUAGUCCUUUUGCACAGAUUCAACUGUAAGGGGGGAAUUACUUGCUUUUUUAGGGAGGGAGUGAUAGGGGAUCCCAUCUACCAUGUGCAAUCGCAGACAGACUAGACCUGUGUACCUGUAUCACUGAUAUGGAGUGUGAGUUUUGUAUGGUUGAUAAUCAGUGAGAUAGGUGGUUUUGUGCAGCAAGAUCACUGGAUUCUUUUUAUGGCACGAUCAAUUGUUAUCCCUCUGGCAUUAGGUUUCAUAUCCAUCUCCAUCCUUGAUGCAACUGUGAAGAACACGUCGCCUGUUUAUAGAAAAUGUGCAAGGGUGGAAAAAGUCCAUUCCUUGUUAAAUCGUGGGCAUUGGUAAGGAAGGGCUACCCUACCGUCUGCACUCUGCAGCGUUCCUUAAUUCAGCUGUUGUUGCAUUCUUCUCGCUUCCAUUGGAGUUGCAACAGAAACAGAUGCCAAUGCCAUUAACAAGGUAAAGAUUUUCACUUCACAAAUAUGACAAACCAAAUCAGAGUCCAAUAAAAAGAAUACAGCAAAAAAAAAAUUCGGUCAAAUUGACAAAUUACCGCAAAACAUCUGGUAGAUGCAAAUCGUUAGUUACGUGAGCUACGAUCUAAACUCACCAUAUCAAAAUCCAUGUGUUGGAGGUGGAGCUUGGAGGGGUAAACUCAAGGAUACGAGAGUUGGGUACCGUAAUCCUUUAUUCUCAGCCAGGAACUACUGAACACUGGUAUUCAAAGAAAGGCUAAUAAUGUCAAUUUUCUAUUCUUCAAGGGCCAUUAAAUAAACCCAUGAAUCAGGGUUUCUUGAAAAAGUGAAAAUGCCCAAGGAAGCUUGACGCUUGAGUGGGCAUUUUCGUCAAUGCAUCUGUUUGAGUUGAGUACAAUGUGCUCUCAGGUUUCUCCUUGCCAAAUGCCAAUUCGUUUUUCUUCAAGUUCCAUCCCGUCUCAGACGUUGACAAUUUGACACAGCUGCUAACUGAUUUUACUCUGAAACCAUCGGAUAUAUUGAAGGAAGAGACCCAAACUCGGUCAACAUGUCUCCAGAUCAAAUCUCUAUGGAAGCUAUAAAGCACGCUGUGAAGGCUCUUCGGAAGAGGCAUUUGCUCGAAGAAGGUGCCCAUGCUCCGGCUAUCAUCGCUCUUUCAAAGCCUUUUGUUUCUCAGGGAUCAGAAUGGAAAGAGAAAGCUGAAAACCUGGAACUGGAACUUCAGCAAUGUUAUAAAGCUCAAGCACGACUAUCUGAGCAACUCGUUGUGGAAGUGGCAGAAUGCAGAACCUUAAAAGCACUGGUUCAACAGAAAGAAGCAUUGAUCACCGAUCUGCAAAGUGGGAUUACUCAAACAAGGGAUGAGUGCUCCCGAUUAAAGGAUAUACUGGAAGAAAAGACAAAAGCUCUAAACUUGGCUUUAAGUGAAAACCAGGCUAGAACACAACUGGAGGAGAUGACCCUAAAAGCUAAAAAAGCAGAGGCUGAAAACAAGAUGUUAAUUGAUCGCUGGAUGCUGCAAAAAAUGCAGGAUGCUGAACGGCUCAAUGAGGCAAAUGCCAUAUAUGAAGACAUGAUGAAUCAACUCAAGGCCAGCGGCAUAGAACAACUUGCAUGGCAGCAAGUUGGUGGUGUGGUUCGCCGAUUUGAAGCAGGUGCUGAGAAUUUUGUGGAAUCAACCGUUCCCACUGCAUGUAAAAACAAACUUAAUGCACAUGAAGGUGGCUGUGGUUCUAUAUUGUUUGAGCACAACUCUGAUAAAUUGAUUACUGGGGGCCAGGACCACACAGUAAAAAUAUGGGAUACAAAAACUGGGAUAUUAAGCCACACUCUUUAUGGAUGCCUUGGUUCUGUUCUUGAUCUCGCAGUUACCCAUGAUAACAGAUCUAUUAUUGCAGCUAGCAGUUCAAACAACUUGUACAUGUGGGAUGUGGCAUCUGGUCAGGUCCGUCAUACUCUCACCGGCCACGUAGAUAAAGUAUGUGCUGUAGAUGUGAGCAAAGUUUCAAGCCGUCAUGCAGUUAGUGCAGCUUAUGAUCUAACUAUAAAAGCCUGGGAUAUACAGAAAGGCUAUUGUGUCAAUACAAUUACCUUCCACAGCAACUGCAAUGCUCUUUGUUUUAGGAUGGAUGGAAAGACUAUUUGCUCAGGUCAUAUUGAUGGAAACCUUCGCAUAUGGGAUCUUCAGACAGGGAAGCUUCUUAGUGAAGUUGCUGCACAUUCACAUGCUAUCACAUCAAUCUGUCUAUCCCAAAGUGGAAAUAUUGUGUUGACUGGUGGGAGGGACAAUUUGCAUAAUCUAUUUGACACGAGGUCUCUGGAAGUCUGUGGUACAUUAAGAGCAAAUGGAAACAGAGUGGCAUCCAAUUGGAGCCGUUCCUGCAUCAGUACAGAUGACAAUUAUGUUGCAGCAGGUUCUGCUGAUGGGUCUAUUAGCAUUUGGUCAAGAUUUAGAACAGAUAUAGUGUGUACUCUGAGGGAACACACUGCUCCCGUGCUAUCUUGUUCAUGGAGUGAGCUUGGAAAGCCCCUAGCAUCUGCUGAUAAGAAUGGAAGUGUUUGUAUAUGGACCUAAUUGAUGUAGUCUACGCUGAUUUCCUAUUUCAUGAUCAUGGAUUAGCAUCAUAUCUGUUUCUCAAAUGACCAAUACAUCUAGCCACUCUCAUCAUAUUUCUGUUUCUCAAAUGACCAGCACAUCUAUCCCGAAGAUCUUGAUACAUCACAAUAGUAGUAACUCGCAUGUAAAUAGAGAUACAGUCAUGAGCACAGUCAUCCUGAUCAAGAGGUACGAGAUACUCAUUCUGACAGUUUUAAGCUUGUUAUGAUCAGAAAAUGUCUGAUAUUCUAAUCAUCAGCGCUUAUUGGAAAGCCAAAAACAUAAGCAAUGCUGCUUAGACGUAAGUUCUGAUCAUGAAUGAAAUAAGCCUUGGUUCCUAAAUUUAAAUGAUAAAUUGAAUGUUUUUGGUUCA